AUGGCCGCCGCCACCGCCGCCACGACCUCCACGCCUUCCUCCCCCCUCCUCCGCCGCGCCGCUGCGGCGCCGACCACAAGCCACCACUACCAGCUCAGGUGCUCCACCAAGCCCUCGCUGUUCGAGCUGCGGCACCGCUCUGCGCGUAUCACUCCCGCGCGAGCUCUGCUCCCUGACCGCGUCACGCCGUUUUCCUUCGACGCGGACGGCGACGACCAUCCCCGAGAGGAGUGCGGCGUGUUCGGAGUCAUUGGCGACCCGGACGCGUCGUCGCUCUGCUACCUCGGCCUGCAGAAGCUGCAGCACCGCGGGGAGGAGGGCGCGGGCAUCGUUGCUUCGGACGCCGACGGCAAGCUCAAUUCAGUGACGGACCUGGGUCUCGUCGGGGACGUUUUCCGCGACCCGGUGCGCCUCGCCAAGCUCCCCGGAAACGCCGCCAUCGGCCACGUGCGCUACUCAACGGCCGGCGCCUCUUCCAGGCGCAACGUGCAGCCGUUCCUCGCCGCGUACAGGUUUGGGCAGCUGGCUGUGGCGCACAACGGCAACCUCGUGAACUACCAGGCGCUGCGCAACAAGCUGGAGGCGCAGGGUUCCAUCUUCAACACCUCGUCAGACACGGAGGUCAUCCUGCACCUCAUCUCAACUUCGCUCUCGCGCCCGCUGCUCUCGCGCGUCUGCGACGCCUGCGAGCGCCUCGCCGGCGCGUACUCGCUGCUGUUCCUGACGGCCGACAAGCUCUUUGCCGUGCGCGACCCGUUCGGCUUCCGGCCCCUGGUUAUGGGCCGCCGCCCCAACGGCGCCGUGGUGUUCUCGUCGGAGACCUGCGCGCUCGACCUCAUCGACGCCACCUAUGAGCGCGAGGUGGAGCCCGGGGAGGUGGUGGUCGUGGACCGCCGCGACAUGUCGGUGUCCUACGCCUGCCUCGUCCCGCAUCGCCCGCGCAAGUCAUGCGUGUUCGAGCACAUCUACUUCGCCCUUCCCAACUCCGUCGUGUUUGGGCACGCCGUCCACGAACGCCGCAGCGCAUACGGCCGCGCGCUCGCCGAGGAGUCGCCCGCCCCGACCGCGGACGUCGUCAUCCCCGUGCCUGACUCGGGGUUCUAUGCCGCGCUCGGCUUCGCGCAGGCGUCGGGGCUCGAGUUCCAGCAAGGCCUUAUCCGGUGGCACUACAGCGGCCGCAGCUUCAUCCAGCCAUCGCAGGCAAUCCGUGACCUCGCCGUCAAGCUCAAACUCGCGCCCGUACGCGGCGUCAUUACCGGCAAGAGCGUGGUCGUCGUCGACGACUCGCUCGUGCGCGGCACCACCUCGAGCAAGAUUGUGCGCCUGCUCCGCGAUGCCGGGGCGCGUGAAGUGCACAUGCGCAUCUCCAGCCCCCCGGUCGUCGGGUCCUGCCUCUACGGCAUUGACACGCCGAGCGAAGGCGAGCUGAUAUCCAACAGGAUGGACCUCGAGGGUGUGAGGAGGACCAUUGGCUGCGACUCGCUUGCCUUCCUCUCGCUCGAAAAGCUCCACAGCAUCUACGGCAAUGAAGCACAUGAGUUAUGUGAUGCCUGCUUCUCACGGAACUACCCGGUGCUGCCUACCGUGCCGGAGCCGGUCCCAGAGCUGGCGUCUGCCUUCGAAGACUAA